UUUUUUAGGUUGUGAAUAUCAUGGAUACUCUAGUGACGUUACGAGAACUUGGCCAGUCAGUGGAAAAUUUUCAAAAGAGCAGCGUCAGAUAUACGAAGUGGUGUAUGAUGUAAAUAACGAACUGAUAGCCAUGUGCAAUAAGUUUCCGUCACUCGAUACGUUGUUUGAAAGUAUGUGUUAUUUGUUGGGAAAACGAUUACAAGAAGUAGGAUUAUUAGGAGCUCAGCCAUCAAAUAACUUUUUGAUGAAGGCGGCGUACCAAUUGUGUCCUCAUCACGUCUCCCAUUAUUUAGGAAUGGAUAUUCAUGAUACUCCUACAGUAACGAGAAAUGUUCAGAUCGAACCUGGGAUGAUCAUUACCAUAGAGCCAGGAAUUUAUGUAAAUGAAAAUAACAAAUUACUGCCGAAACAGUACAGGGGCAUUGGUAUAAGGAUAGAGGAUGACAUUUUAAUCACGGAGAAUGGUCCUGUUGUAUUAAGCCGAAAAUGUCCGAAGCAUAUAGACGAAAUAGAAAGGAUAGCAAGCGAAAACCAAUGAAUUUUUGUAAUGUUUUAUGAUUUUUGUAAUUGUAUAUAUUUGUACUUUGUGAAAAUAUAUUUUUGUUGAUUUUU